CUCCCCCAUUCUCUCAGUCUCCCUUAAACUACUCCAUGCUUCAUCAUUCACUCAUCAUCUCUAACACAAUGGGCAAAGCUUUGAAAUGGUUUAGAGGUAUGUUGGGCUUGAAUAAGCCCGACCCGAACGCCGACCCGCCCUCCAAGAAGAGAUGGAGCUUUCCCAAGGGAAAACUCCGCCGUCGAUCCCAUGCCAUCGACGACAGGCAGGCAAUCGCCGUUGCCGCCAUAGCCGAGGCUGCCGUGGCCGCAGCCCAUGCCGCGGCCGCGGUAGCCCACCUCACCAGCGGCGCAGCGUAUGGUCCACAAAACGGCAUCGUUUGUGAGGAGCGGGCGGCCGUUGUGAUUCAAUCGCAUUUCCGUGGUUAUCUCUCGAGAAGAGCUCUACGGGCGCUGAAGGCGUUGGUUAAGCUCCAAGCACUCGUUAGAGGCCACAUUUUGCGGAAGCAUAAUGCUGAAACGUUACGACAGCUGCAGGCACUUAUGCGCGCCCAAGCCAGAGCACGGGCAGGCCGACUCCCCUUUGAGGAGAGCACCAAGUCCUCCCACUUCAAUCACAUAGAGAAGGCAGAUCACGCGACGAAGCAGCACGAGCAUGAAUCCCCUGCCCGCGCCAAAAUGAAGAGGAAUGUGUAUGAUCCAGACAAGUCGCCCUCGCCCUGGAUGGAGAGGAGGAAAGGCGAGAAGGUUCUAGAAGUUGACACGGGAAGGCCAAGCACGAGCCCUACAGGCAGAACCAUCAUCCACUCCUCUCACCCGAGCCACAUCUCCGACCACCAUACCACAUGGUUAAGUCCGUCCCUAAGCCCUCUCACGGUAGCCAUAAAUGCCAACGGAAGCCCAUUCUACACGGCCAACAACAGCCCAGCCUACUCGUCAUCAGUGGAAGGGAGUUCCAAGAGGGCGCUGUUCGCGCCUGCCAAGAGCAGCCUGAGCAAUUGCGCGGAGCAUCCAAGCUACAUGGCUUACACGGAGUCCUCAAAGGCAAAGGCAAGGUCUCUCAGUGCUCCGAAACAGAGGCCUCAAUCGGAGAGGUCUAGCUCCCCGUGGGAGAGAUCAAAAUCGGUGAAUAGGCAUAGAGAAGGGCAGAAGGUGCAGUCAAGCAAUGUGUAUCCGGGAUCGGGGCAUCUGGACCGGCAAGGGAUGCCGGAGAGGGACAUUUCAGGGUUUAGUGGUGGGCUUCGGCACAGGUACUAAGCUAACCAUAUUUGUUUUGGAUGUUGGUCAUAUAAAUUGUGGAUAAUAAGAGAGGAGGUAUGUAUUUUUGCAAAUAUUGUGUGGGUGAAUGGUGAAUUUCAAUUGUUAUGUGAUACUCCUGAUUUAUCCUAAAAAUGUAAUGUAGUAGUAUAUCAUUUCAAACAAAAGACGAUGAAUUUUAGGGAUGGAUUUUGUGUCA